UUUCGGAUAUUCGGUUGAAGAAUAGUUGGAUUGGCAGUAUGUUUACCAAUAUACAAACGACUUUUUAACGCGAUUUAAAAUAUUUAACGAUACAAUACACCAUCAACUGUGAAGUUAAACAUCGAAUAGAAUUUUAUUAAAUCAUAGAUACUAUGAACGUUUGGCGUAAGUGUCAUAACUGUAAACUGGAUUUAGUAUAACAAUGUAGAAUAUCUAUCAUUUCUCACGAGUGCAUUUCAAUUAUAUCAGUUCAUGCACAGUGUUUCAUCAAACAAUAAACGGGAUUUUCGAACAAAAAAUGUUGUACAUUUUACAGAUUAAUAUAGGAUCUACAAUCUAGAUUAUCAAAUAAUACUGACAGAUAUUAAUCAAUUCCAGAACGUCUGUUAUACUCUGUACCUAGUAUAUUACAUGGAAUCAUAAGAGGUGAUUAUUAAUAAUAAUAAAAUUAUUUAUUGUUAAUAAAAUGACCAACUGCUCGUUGUUUAAAAUAAUGAAUCUGAAAGGAUUAAGUGCUAUUAAUAGAUAUAAAAUUCAUCAUAGAUUUUCGAGAAACAAUCACUGGUCGAAGCACAGCUACGUGUGUGGGGCCUCGAGUGAUCCACUCAAAGCUUACACGGUCGGAGGGGUUUUCAAUGACGUCGUGCAACAGACUCCGGACCGAGAGUUCUUGGUUAGUCGACAUGAAAAUAAACGAUACACGUUCGCCGCCAUGGAUUCCGAGGUGGAUAAGCUGUGCAGGAGCUUUAAUGCCGUUGGCCUUAAACGCGGGGACCGAGUCGGAAUAUGGAUGCCCAAUUGCGCGUUAUACUUCACGGCGAUUAUCGCGACAGCUCGCCUGGGACUGAUUUUGGUAAACAUCAAUCCUGCAUAUCAGAGUGAUGAACUGAAACACACUUUAACGCUGGCUGAAGUAAAGUGUUUGUUGACCUUAGAGAAGUUCAAGACCCAAAAUUAUCCCGAAAUAUUGGAGAAAGUCGAUCCGGAUAUUUGGAAUCGACCGUGUAACACGCCGGUCAAGUCGAAAGUGAUGCCCACGCUGAAAUCAGUUAUUUUUGAUUCAGAAAACCAUAUAAAUGGUGCCUAUAAUUUACAAACGUUCUUGGACCUGGGUUUCAAUUCAAAUUAUAGUAUUCCUAAUGUUCAACCAGAUGAAGGUUGUAUUAUUCAGUUUACUUCAGGCACCACUGGUAAACCAAAAGCAGCAUUAUUGAACCAUUUUGGUCUAAUGAACAACGCCUACUCUAUUAUGAAGCGUUUAGGGAUCUACGAUGGCAUCAGUAAAGGAAUAUUGCAUAAGUUCUGCAAUCCAAUGCCUUUAUUCCAUGCUUCGGGUUUAUCCAUCGGCGCUCUUGGACCUAUGAUUACCAAAUCAACUGUUGUAUUACCGUCAGCUCAUUUUGAACCGAAAGCUGCGGUCGAUGUUCUUACUAAAGAAAAAUGCACAAUUUUAUUUGGAACGCCGACUGUAUUCGUUGACAUUAUGUCCGUUUUCGAAAACCUUUCGCCAACUCUACAAGACAACGAUUUGAAGUUCGGAUUAUCCGGUGGUGCCACGUGUUCUCCGAUCUUGAUGACCAAGUUCAAUAACAUGUUUCCACGCGCGAAAAUAUUGUCUUUGUUCGGAAUGACGGAAACCAGUCCCUGUUCUUUUCAAAGUUUUACAGACGAUUCAGAUGAACGAGUAAAGUCGACGAUGGGUUUCAUACAAGAUCACGUGGAAGCGAAAGUGGUCGAUACAAAUGGCAAUAUGGUACCAUUCGGAACUCCCGGGGAAUUGUUAAUUCGUGGGUAUCUUGUCAUGAAUGGUUACUUUAACGACGAAGAGAAGACAAAGGAAACAAUUGAUUCGAACGGGUGGCUACACACAGGAGACCAAUUUGUUUUGUACGAAGACGGAUAUGGCAAUCACGUUGGCAGAUUAAAAGAAAUGAUUAUCCGCGGUGGUGAAAACUUAUUUCCCAAAGAGAUAGAAUACUUCUUGGAGUCUCAUCCAUCGAUUUCGCAAGUUCAAGUCUACGGAAUACCCGACGACCGGAUGGGUGAAGAAGUGUGUGCCAGCGUCAUCGUCAAAGAAGGGGCCGCGGUCACCGAAGCCGACAUAAAAGCGUACAGCAAAGGAAAGAUCUCCCAUUUUAAGAUCCCCAAGUACAUAUUCAUCGAAAAGGAUGGGUUCCCGAUGACGGCAACGGGCAAAGUCCAGAAGAACAGAUUAAGUGAAAUAGCGAUGCAACGGAUUUCGAGCCUUACCUAAUAUAGUUUUAUUUAUUUAUUUAUUUUAUUAUACAAUAGAGAACAUCGAACAUGCUCCCUCCCCCAGCAAAUAAUAAUACACAAGUCAGCUGCAGUGUAUUAUUUCCAUAGGCAUUUGAAUCCAUCCUCUUUAUGCGUUACCGCACUGUGAUUGUUAAUUUUUUUAAACUAUAUUAUUUUAUUUUACCACAAUACAAUAUAAUAUUAUUAUCAUACA